AUGGCCAGCUCGCUUUACCCACCGACCAAAUAUUCUUUUACCGACGUCGUCAUUGGUGACGUGAUGGACCGUGCUGCUCCUCAGUACAGCGGAACGGAGACCAGCUUUCUUGCUGAUUCUCUAUCGCUGGGCUGGCCCUCAGUCACUGAGAUGAUAUCAGCCAACCAGCACCAGUUUCCGCCUCGUGGAUUCGAAGAUCUGGCUACGGAAGACACCAAAGCAUCGAGGCUGUUUCAAGAACGCUCCAAAACCGCUAUUAGACGCGAGAAAAGCCGUCUUCACCAAGCGCGUUACAGAAUAAGAAAACGUGAACAUGUAAAAUCCGUCACUGCCAGCGUUUGUCGACUGAGUGAAGACAUUCAAAUCCUCGAGGCGCGGCGACAUGCCCUUGCAAAUCAAUCCACGUUUUGCAGCAGUGUUUGGUCCGUGGCAGGCGAGUACUUCCGACUCUUCCAGCACGGAUACAAGGAAUCCCUGCAAGUACCGAGUGCAGGUGAUCAAACUUUGACCGCAGUAGAAGAACGACCACACCAACCUCACGCACAGAUCGACUUUCUGAGAGAGACAAUGGCCCACGACAUGACAGACGGCGUGGUUUGUGGCGUUGAAGCGCUACUGCAAAACUGGAAACUGCUUUCAUUCUAUCACGGUGACGUGUAUGUCCAGCUCCAGCGUCUGGAUCACGUCACCAAAGACUCUCUCCAAGCAACCAUAACCGUCAGUCUUACUAUCACGGAAAGUACACUGCAGAAUUUGUACCCACAUCUUCUUGACAGUACAGCUCGAGACAUCGAUGACGGACAGAGGCCGUCAUUAGCUGCAAAGCUGCUGAAUCAACGGAUUGUAGUGCAUGGAUCGGUGCGCUUCGACUGGGAUGAAGCUAAUAGUCGAGUGAUGAGGUUGGAGUCCAAGCUGGAUCUGUUGUCACCGAUUUUGGAGCUGCUGGGUAGUCUAGAAGCCGUGGCUCUCGUGUUCAAUUCAGCUUUGGUGACCCCCGAGGGGAGGUUGCUUUCGAAUGACUUGUCGGCGUCGUAG